AUGAUUCUCAUCUUUGUUUAUCUCUUUACAACAAUCCUUGUUGUAAAAAGUAUCGAUGAUGAAUUGCUGCUUAAUGGAUCGCAAUUUCCACCUUCUCUCUACAUUCCAUUAGACAAGUCGUAUUUGUUAGAGUGCAAUUCGAAAUAUGCUGUUCAUUGGAAAGUAUACUUGAUCAAUGGUAAAAUCGAAAUAAUUAAUGAUAAACUAAUACGUCUGAAUGAACUCGAUAAGAAUCGUGAUGGUUUCUAUCAGUGUUAUGUGACCGAUGAUGCAUCGAUGUUUCGUAAUAUUUUUAUCUUUUCUAAUGGUGCACAGUCGAUUGCCCGUAAUUGGACGCAACUGACAGUAUUUCAUGACGACUUGUUAACAGUUUGUCGACCAGUAUAUUUCAACUAUGGAUUUAAUGAAGAGCUCAUUGAAUUGAUUGAUACUGAACAAACCAUUCGAUAUAAUCGAAGUGCUAUAUUAGUAAAACAUAUUCGUAGUACGACGCAUUUAUUCUGUAAAUUGUAUCUUGAUACAACAUGCGUCGGAGUACGAGUACAGAUAUUAAUUAAGAAAAGUAGUUUAGCAACAUGUCAUAAAUGGCAAUUUCUGCAAAGAUUCAUUGUAGAUUUCAACCAUUCAGUAUUGUUAGAUAACGAUCUGAAAAAGAAUGAGUAUCUGGAUAUGGAGGGUGAUGAACGCGAUGUCUAUCAAAUUGCUUUCCAAGGUGAUUCGGUUUAUUUUCAUUGUCCAACGAAUGUAACAUCAUCGGUUCAAUGGUCUUAUCUUUCAUACAAUUAUUAUCUAAUGAAAACUCUUCCAACAAUUUAUGAGAAAGACAUGAAAAUCAGAUCGGUUGAUAUUAGCGAUUCGGGAAUGUAUAUCUGUCGAACAGAAAAGAUGAUUUACAAGAGAAUUAUUUUGACCAUUAUUCAUCCUCCAAAAUCACCUGAUGGAAUCUAUGAUCAUAUUCUCACUGUAGAUUUCAACUCCAAAUAUUUAGUCUGUUGCCAUUUAGACGGUGUACCUUAUCCAACCUACGCAUGGUCAAUGAAUAUUCCAUUGGAAAGCACAGCGUUCAUUUGGUGUUCGAAGCGAUGCUGUUGGUUACAUGUCAUAUAUGACAAUUAUAAUAAUGUUACAUGUACAGCAAGAAACCAACUGGGAAUAGCAAAAUAUACUCUUAAUUUGGUUGUUCAAAAUAAUGCUGAUCUGAAAAGCACGAUUGUUUAUGAUAGACUACGAAUUUAUGAUUAUUUGUAUACAAUUCAUCAUCUGACUGUGAUUCGCAAAACAGAAGAGAAUUCUAAUAGUGGAGCAAUUGUGACCAUUGCAAAUAUGGAAACGACUUCAGUGGAUUCGAAAGUAAAUGUUGGCACGAUGAAGUUGUGA